UAGAAACCCAACAUGAAACCCUAGGGUUUUUAACACCUUCACUCAUUCUUCCACCCUUCAUAAUAAACCCGCAGUCUACUCUGAGCUGCUCUCUCGCGUUUUCUCUCUCCACUUUCUCUCUCCUCAGCAGCUUUCGCAACAAUGGCCUUUGUGAAGGCUCAGAAAACAAGGGCUUACUUCAAGCGUUUCCAAGUUAAGUUCAAGAGAAGAAGAGAGGGAAAGACUGAUUACCGUGCUAGGAAUCGGUUGAUCAAUCAAGACAAGAACAAGUAUAACACACCAAAGUACCGCUUUGUUGUCCGAUUUACCAACAAAGAUGUAACUGCACAAAUUAUUUCUGCAAGCAUCACUGGGGAUAUUGUACUUGCUGCAGCUUAUGCUCACGAGCUCCCUCGUUAUGGACUUGAAGUAGGACUUACUAACUACGCUGCCGCAUACUGCACUGGACUUCUCCUUGCAAGAAGGGUCCUAAAGAUGCUUGAGAUGGACCAGGAAUACGAAGGCAAUGUCGAGGCUACUGGUGAAGACUACUCUGUUGAACCAGCUGAAACUAGGAGGCCUUUCCGCGCUCUUCUUGAUGUUGGCCUUAUAAGGACAACUACCGGCAACCGAGUUUUUGGCGCUCUCAAGGGAGCACUAGACGGUGGAUUGGAUAUUCCCCACAGUGACAAGAGAUUUGCUGGCUUUGGAAAGGAUGGCAAGCAACUUGAUGCUGAGGUUCACCGCAAGUACAUCUACGGUGGGCAUGUUGCUGGUUACAUGAGGACCCUCACUGAGGACGAGCCUGAGAAAUACCAGACUCAUUUCAGUGAAUACAUUAAGAGAGGGAUUGAGGCUGAUAACUUAGAGGCCCUGUACAAGAAAGUCCAUGCUGCCAUCCGUGCUGAUCCUACUGUGAAGAAGUCUGACAAAGCCCAACCAAUGAAGCACAAGAGGUACAAUUUGAAGAAGCUAACCUACGACGAAAGGAAGGCUAGCUUGAUCAAGAGAUUGAAUGCCCUAAACGCUGCUGCGGGAGCUGAUGAUGAUGACGAGUCAGAUGAAGAAUGAAAAUCCCAUUGUCAAGCUUAGGAAGUUAUGAUGACGAGUUUUGUUGUUUUCUGUUGUUUAACUCAGGAACGUCAAGUUUUGAGAUCAUUUACAUUUGCCAUUUUUGCAGUUAGAUGUUAUAUGAGAUAUUUAAGAAAUGACAGAAUUAAGCAGUUGUUUCUUUGGUUUCA